AGCACAGGUCAUGAAUGGCAUUACUGAAGAUUGAUACGUUGUCUGUGCUACCGAGCCUUGCUACUGGGUUGCGGAUCAACUGCAUCGCACAUAUGUCGACGGGAUGAAAGCGAUGCUGCGUGGCGAUUCACGAUUCACGAUUCAAUGGCGUCCUACUUCCGGUACAUUCUCAAAGCGGAUACCUUUAGUAUGCCGUGGAUGCUCUAGGGCAGUCCCGCCCGCAGGUGGAGUGGGACAUCAAGCUCCACAAGCCAGCAACAGAAAGCCGCGACUUCACGUUACGUUACGUACACGGUGGCAACGAGUGAUACACCAUACCCAUGACCAAUUGUCCAUUACCCAUUGUAUUACCCUAUCUACCGCAACAGUGCACAGCAAGCAGCAAAGAACAAGCAGGGUAUCUUCCGUUUUCUCCCAAAGGAAAAGACAAAGGGGAAUGAGAGGGGGGGUAUUCGCGACCAGUCCCGCAAUCCAAAACCAAACACGCACACCAAACCGAUCCACCCCCAUCUCAGGUACGAGAUGUGUGGUGAAUAGGAAAGAUGCCGUGGUGAUAGUCGAUGGGGAACGGUAAGCAACGCCAGAAAACACGCGCAAAGCUGCAAGGUGGUAUCAAUCUAGUCCUUUUUCUGAAAGCACGCAAACGCAAACGCAAACGCAAGAGAAUAAACAAAACCCGAACAGUUCAACCCGGCGUAGAGGGGGUUGGUAAAGGAGCGGCUGGAGUUGGGUGAUUAGAACG